GGUUUCUAAAAGAUUGUAAGGAUGGGGAGAGUUAUCAUCUCUGUUCUCACAGCUUCUCAUCUCUUCUUCCUCUUCUCACUUCCAUUGUUCCUUGAAGCCACCAUUUCCAUGUCCUCACCUGUAGAAAAUAAGAGAGCUGCAUUAGAAAUCAUAAUAGGAUUUAAUCCUCCCCCUGGCUCCGCCCCUGAACCCACAUGUCCUCCUCCUCUUCCUCCCCCUCCAGAAUGCCCUCCUCCUCCUCCGCCACCAAAACCGUCUCCAUCACUGCCUCCCCCGCCACCAAAACUGUCUCCAUCACCCCCUCGUCCGCCACCAAAACGGCCUCCAUCACCUAGUUUUGGAAUCCCAUUUGAAACAUCAGAACUACGCAGGAUAGAGAGAGUGAUCCAAAGAUUCAGAAGAACAAUAAUCCAUGACCCAAACGGCAUUACCAAAACCUGGACGGGCAAGGAUCAGCUCUGCAAAAACUCAUCCGCAUACAAAGGAUUCAUUUGUUACACAACAAGAAAAGAUAACAGGCGUGCAGUUGGUGGCAUAGACUUCAACGGUCAAGACCUUGGCAACAGCACUAACCCUCUGUCCCUGCAAAACUAUGUCGAAGAGUUCAAGGACUUGGUGGUUAUCCAUGUCAACUCCAACUACUUCACAGGCACCAUUCCUCCUGGAAUCUCAGUCUCCAAUCUCCCCACUCUCUUCGAGCUCGACGUCAGCAACAACAAGCUCUCCGGGCCAUUCCCAAAAACCGUUCUUGCAGCUACAAACUUAACAUAUUUAGACCUCCGCUUCAACUUCUUCCAUGCCCAACUCCCCCCUCAAGUCUUCACACUAGACCUCGACGCGCUGUUCCUCAACAACAAUGGAUUCUCCGGCCCCUUACCCGACAACCUCGGGAGCACCCCUGUCUUCUUCCUAACCUUAGCAAACAACUACUUCACUGGCCCAAUCCCCAGAAGCAUUGGUCACGCUUCAAAGUACCUCCUUGAAGUUCUGUUCCUCAACAAUUCCUUGUCCGGCUGUCUCCCCUGGGAAAUCGGGAAGCUCAAAAACGCAACCGUCUUCGACGCCAGCAAAAACCAGAUAACAGGCCCCAUCCCACACUCAUUCGGCUGCCUCAAGAAACUCCAGAUCCUCAACCUGAGCACCAACAAGAUGUACGGCACUAUCCCGGAAUCGCUGUGCGCGCUGGGAGACCUGGAGGAACUGAGCCUGGGAUCAAACUAUUUCACCCAGGUGGGAGAACAAUGCAGGAAGCUGAUCGCCAGGAAAAUUCUGGACGUGAAGAAUAACUGCAUUUUGGGUCUGUCUAACCAGAGAUCCCCGCAAGAGUGCUCGGAUUUCUUCUCCAAACACAUGCAGCGUUGCAGUGACGAGAAAACCAUGCUGUCGCACCUGCCUCCUGGCUGUCGUAUUGAUCUCUAUACCUCUCAGAAACACAAACGCCAUAGCUCACAAAAUCGCAAGAAGAAGACAGCAAAAACUACUUAUGCUGCACUCAAGGUGCAUGGACCAUGAUGCUCAAUUCCUUAAUUUGUGUUUAUUAUAUAUAAUAUAUAUAAUGGACCUGGCCGGGGUUAGUUUUAACUAUGUGUAUUGCAUAUAUAUAUAUAUAUAUAUAUAUAUAUAUAUAUAUUGCUUCAUUUUACGGUUUGAUCUACGAGCUGAUGAGCAUGCAUUUGAUGUAAACUAGGAUUUCAAUUGAAGAAGGAAUAAAGUAAAGUAAUUGUCUUUG